UGUAAAGGGAAACGAGUCAAACGAAAUAGAUAUUAGUUGGACAGUAUACCUUAAAUUUCCGCAAGGAAUUGCGGCAUGUGCCUAUGGUUAUAUAUGACUUGAAUGAAUUACUUGUACACACUGAAUAAAUGACCGUUACGGAGUAAACGUUAAGUUAAAAAAAUCUAUAUUCAUAUUUCUAUUUCUUUGUACACGGUUUCUGAUUGACAACCCGCUUCAAUAGGAGAUUGAUUGCUUGAGAUUUGAAAUCAGGGAUUGAAUACGACAUUGAUACUCAUGCAGACAAUGGCACGAAACUCUGCUACAAAGGCGAAUAUCCUUGUCGAUAUACAUGAAAGGAUUACCAGACAAUGCCUCCUGUCCUUGCUGGAAUUUGCUGUCACCGAAAGCAGACCUGUGGAUACUCCUUCGGAGGCUUGGACAUUAGAUCAUUUUUUGAAUGAUAACUUGCCCAAAUUAACAAGCACAACUACAGGCAACAAGAAUAUUAAACUUCUUCUACCUGGAUUUGGUGUUCGAGUAAACUCAUCAUCAUGGCCGUUAUAUUUGAUUUCGUUUAUAAUCGUAGAGAUUUUAGGUGACAAUGUUGUACCUGCUGAAAUCAAAGAAAAGGUCCGUCGGAUGGCAAGAUGUCGCGCUGAACUGUACAAUAAGUUUGGGAGUGUAUCGGAUGAUUUGUAUGACAACCAUGUUCAAGAACUUCGUAUUAUGAUGGAAGAUAUUUGUAAAUAUCUCCAGAGAACGGACCUGUGUUCUUCAAUAGAGAGUGACAUAGAAAAUAUUGUACAAGGCAAUAUUCCACAUGAUCCUAGAAAUAUCAAAGUAUUUCAAGAUCAUCAGGGGAUGGAAAAGUCUUAUAGAGAUAACAUUAAACACUUCACGCCAGAGGAAGAGAGCCUCCACACUAGAAUGGAGCAAGUGAUCAGUAUUCUUGAGCAGCGUCAUCUCGAUGAUUUAACGACAGCGCAACAAGGGGGUCAUGAUCUUACUCAAAAGAGUUUACCACCAAGAGAAGAACAAUACCCACAGAGCUUAAUAAACACAAUGCCGGUUGUAAUAGAGCUCGUAAUGACUGGUUGUGGUAACCAGGAACAACGUGGUCGUCUCAUUAGAGAGCUGAUCAACAUCAUAAAUAACAAGGAGAAUCCAGCAGGCUAUCAGCCGCUUCUUCAGGACAAGGAAUCUGUCCGCAAAGCAUUCGAGGAAGUCUUCUCGGGCAUAGGAGAGUUCAUUGCAAAAUCGGGUUGCGUACAAAUAAUUGUACGCCCGAAGAACAUUGUACAUUUCUUCCGUCUGCUAAGAGCGUGCGUCAAAGGUAUACUUACAGAGGAAAUGAAACCUAUUCAAGAUAUUAUACGAAAGUUGCCUGGAUGCGAACAUUACGAACAGGAGGCCGUUUUGUACAGAGACCACUAUACGUGUGUGAUGGACAAUUUGGUAUCGCAGCUUACAGCCAUUGUGCAGAAAAAAGGCCUUACGUUUCCAAAGCGAAUAACUACAAAACCAAUGCUUGCGUGUGGAAAGUUGAUUAUGAAGGUGGGAUGUUUCACUGAGGAGGAUCAAUCCCAGUUUGAACGAUGUGUGAACAACGGAAAGCUUCGAAAGUUGUUCAACCCAAUAAAUAAAUUACUGCAAUACGUUGGGAAGGAUGUAGCCAUGGACUUAAUGAUUCAUUACGCGGAUGAGAAAACAUCGUGUCAACCAGUCGAAAUAAUUGCACGUUGUGAUGGGAUAUUAGAGACGUUGAAACUAAAAGACGUUCAUGUUAAGAUGGCAGAUGAUUCGUCAACACCUUCAAUCACAGGAUUUGCUGUUGUUCCACCGUAUAUUAUCGGCGUGGAUUACAAAAACAACUGUAUCAAAUGUUUUGAUAUCGAAACCAAAGCAGACAUAGGGACACCCAUUCGUACGUGCAACAAACCUACGUGUAAACCUGACUGUCAUAUGUGUAAACCAUGGGACGUUGCAAUGAUAGACGAAAAAAAUAAUCAUGUUGUUGUGUCUGUGCCUGCAAGUGGAAAACUUAUUUUUGUCAGAAUCAACGAAAAUCAGCUAAUCCAAUACAAUGAACUCGUCGGUCAUGAACACUGUCGAGGUCUCGCAUACGCCGACAACCAGCUGUAUAUAGGAUAUGAAUAUCCAACACGACAAAUCAAAGUUAUUAAACUUGAUGGAAACGAGGUGCGUGUUUUUAGUGAUGUCAGGUUCCACUCACCAUGGUACAUGGCGUUUGAUGAACAAUCAAAAUCUUUGUACAUCUCUGAGGUAAUGAACUCAAAAGUUUACCAAUUAAAUGAAUGUGGAAAUAUUGUGAAAAUAAUGAAACUCAACAAAUUAAUCGAGACGCAAAGAGGGAUAGCACUCAAAGACUCAUCCACGUUGUACAUUGUUGGACAUGGAUUGAAAAAGAAAGAGGACUUUGCGAAAGAAGUAGACAUUAUUUCGGGGAAAUGUCACGCCCUUUUGCGUUUCCAGGAUGCACCUCCAAAGUGCGUUCGUAGAUACGAGGACUUUGCGUACGAAGUAGACAUUAUUUCGGGGAAAUGUCACGCCCUAUUGCGUUUCCAGGAUGCACCUCCAAAGUGCGUUCGUAGAUACAGAGACUCAAUGUUCCUGAGCUUUUAUGGUGCAGAAAGAAUCAUGCAAUUUGACAUUUCAGAUAAACCUUCUUAAAUCAGUUACUUAACAAGUAAUCCGAAAACGUAUCCGAUUACUUAUUACAUUAACGAUUUUGUGUACAAAAAAGUG